AUGUCACCGCAAUAUUUGCAGUUAGUACCCAAUCGCGGCACGAAGCGAAUUGUUGGCAGAUUUGAAGUGUUCUGUGAGAAGAGGGAGCGCGGCUGCACGUGGACAGGCACCUUAAAUUCGUAUGAUUCACACACCGGAGUCUGUCCUAAAGUGAUAGUCAAAUGCCCGUUCCAGUAUGCCGGAACUGGUUGCGACUACGAAUGUAUGCGAGAAGAUGUUGGUGAGCAUUGUUGGCAACAGAGUCAGGAGCACAACAAUAUGAUGGUACAGCGGAUGGAUGUGCUUACCAACAGCAUAUGGCAGGUUGCUACACGCCCUGCGGAACAUCGCCGAACCGUUCACACAGAGGUGUUUGGCCAAAUCGCCGAUCGUCUUCGCGGUGGCCAUACAUUUUAUGGCGAAGCCUUCUACAGCGGUCCAUGCGACAGUGGGUAUCGGCUGCGCAUGAAGAUAGUGCCAAAUCAACGCAAACUUGGCUUAUAUUAUUCCCUAGUUAAGGGCAAGAACGAUGAGCUGUUAGAUUGGCCGUUCCGUCACACUGUGAUUUUCCAGUGUCUGCACAUCACAAAGGAUCGUGUGAUCGUGCAGAGGACAGUGCCACCACCGCGCGACGAGGACGCGGCUUGGAGUCGCCCAUGUACCGGCCAGCCGAGCGACACCAAUCGCGGCUGGGGAUUUCAUGAACUCCUGUCCCGCUCCAAGCUGAAGCGCGCGGGCAUGCGAUGGUCAGAUAGGGUGCGCAUAAGGUAUAUCGUGCUGUGGGAGCUGUGUCCUGCACCCGGGGCUGCUUAGAGAUGUAUGUAUAUGUAUGUACACACACUGUAUGUAUGUAUGCAUUUACUCAUCAUUCACAUCACUAUGUAUGUAUGCAAUUACGCAUCACAUCACUAUGUAUGUAUGUAUUCAUUUCAUUUGACUAUGUAUGUACAUGUAUGUAAUCACUCAUUUCAUACACCUACACCAUGAGGACGAGCGGCUAGAAUGGCCGGCCGUUUCGUCGCCCUGUCUAGUCUACCCCAUGUGUUGGGGAUAAGAACAUUUGUAAAG